AUGCCGCCUGUCUCCUCGACUCGCGAGUGCUCGGCGUAUCUCUUAGAUUUAUAUGAAUCUUUGCAUCAGCUACAAUCUUUAUCCGGUGAAGACGAGCGUAUGCGUUGGCGCUGGCGUUUGUAUCAGAUGCAGCGCCAGUUUGAGUUUGACCAACAAGACGCUUGGGCCUCCUCUAUGCUGACAAUUAUUGAAAAUCAUAUUUCAGCGUUGCCAAUCGAGAGCACUCGUAAUGCACAACCUAUUCGCACACACGCAACCUCAGCUAUUGCGGAGAAUGACGAGGUUCAUCUUUCAAUUGAUGAAAUGGAUGCAAAGCGAAAUGCCGAUUCCGAUACGACGGAUACGACGGACAAUUCGCUGCGAGAUAGGACUCAGCUAAUCAAGUAUAUGCAAAGUGCAUCACGACGCACUAUAAGGGCAAUUACUCGUUCGGGUAUUCGAGAUCGUGGUCAGUCCUUGCCUGUGACUAGUUGUAGAAUGAGUAUUGCUGACUGUUCAGGCGAGACGAAUGAAAGUAACGAUUUACAAAUCCCAUCAGCUGUAACAGCUUCAAGUAAUUCGUCAAUGCCUGUCAGUGCUGAAGUGAAGAAGGAAAGAAAUUUGAUUUCAAACUUGGCGAUAUUUACGAGGCAUGAACGCACCAAUUUCCGCCAUUCGAUGCCCGAUUCGCUACAGUCAAUGGUUAACUAUCUAGGACUAUCAAAUCUGAAUGAGUUAUUUCUAUGCCAAAUUUGCUAUGAUUAUGUUCCAGUGAGCAAAUCAUACGCACUUGUGGUGUGUGGACACAUUUUUUGUCAAGCGUGUUUGAAAAGCUUUUUGGAAUUUAAAAUUAAAGAAGGACAAGUGUAUCCAAAGUGUUUCUUUGAAAUAUCGAAAAAUGAAGCAGCAUGCAAUGCAGCAAUUUCAGUGGAUGAUAUCCAAGCACUUGUCUCGCAAAGAGUCUGGCAGAAAUAUACAACGUUUAAAUUCAAUAAGGAUCAUGAGCUUGCAAGACAAUGUCCAUAUUGUGAUCACUCACAAGUUUGUGCUGGGAGCGAAAAUCCAGAAUGCAUAUGUGAAGCAUGCAAUCGAGAAUUCUGCUUUUUGCACAACAAUGCUCAUCAAGAUGAAACAUGCGCUGCGUAUGAAAGGAGUAUGAUUGCUAUCGAAAAGCUUAAUAAUUCUUUAAUCAGCAAGAUCUCCCGACGAUGCCCUGGCUGCCAAAAUUAUGUUGAGAAAAUUGGUGGCUGUAAUCAGAUGAAGUGCGUGGUUUGUAGCACAAGCUUUUGCUGGAUUUGUCUCAAGAUCAUCGACGAUAGUGUUUUUCCAGAACACUUUCAGUGGUGGAACAUACGUGGCUGUGCGGGUAAUCAAAUGCUAGACAAUGAAGGACAAAGUGCGACUCAAAAAGGAAUUAUAAUGGUGAUGCGAGUACUUUUUUUCAUAAUAUUCGGCCCUCCUGCGCUCCUGGUGACUGUGAUAUUCUGUAUCCUUUGCUGCUGUUUUUAUCCAUGCACAAGUGACGACAGCGUCUCGUUUCGACAAGCUUUCACGACAUGUUUUUGUAUCUCUGGUUACAUUCUACUUGCACCCAUUGUGCUAGUGCUGGGGCUUAUAGCCGUUGCAAUUUUGAUUGCUGGUGCCACUGCAGGUGCUGUAGUUCUCGUAUGUUUAUCGCCUAUAGUUGGUAUAAUUCUGCUUUUUCAACGGAAUACUUGGCUAUCAAUAUUAACUCAUCGACAAGCACGCUCACGAAGCUCUAAUCAUGCCGAAACGGCCACUGCGUGCAUCUUUGAAGACACUUACAAUACUUCUUCGCCUAAUGAUCAGACAGCUUUUCAUGUGUCAAUAUAA